UACGCCGGGGCAACUACGGCUAUAUAGAAGAGCCACGCCGACUCCGCCGGCUGAUUUCUUCGAGUAAACUCGACGCGACAAUCCGCGUACAUCUCUCUCCGCACGUGCAGCCAUGAGAUUACCAAUUUUUCUUGUUGUGGUGAUAUCGAUCACGUGGGCGAAAACAGAAAAUGCAGGAAAAGCUCUUCGUGCACCUCAAGGGUACAUUAAAUACGUCGACAGUGAUGGUUCGAAGGUCAAUUGGGAUAUUCUCGCGCCCCAGAGCCAAUUGCGGUCGCAACGGGCGUACCCUCAGCAGUCUCAACGGCCUCAGCGCGCCGAGGGCGGCUCACCCCUUCGUCUUCGGCAAGCUCAGCAAUCAGCCCCGCGGCAUCGUGCCCCAGCGUCGCAGCAACCAAUCCAACCUCAGCCAGUUCAACAGCUUCAACCACAGGGUCCGCAGUACUACAGCUACAAGCCGUAUUCGGCGGUGCCGGGUCACAUUAAACAGCUGAUCGAUUCGGUCUAUCAGCCGCAAGCUCCCUACGUCGAUCCUACAUCCUUCAUUUACGGUGGCAAUUACUUCGCGGCGGCACCGCAGCAACGCGAGCAGCAACCAGCUCCGGCUGCUUCCGAAACUCCUCGCGGUGCCUACUUGCAACCGUCGGCGAGAUAUCAAUCGAUUGAGCCUAGAGAAUCACAGUUGAGAUAUCAGUAUAGCGACAGGAGAGUGGAACGUCAAGAUAAAGUCGCCUACAAGGAGGAUUAUGAACAACAGCAACAGCAGCAACAACAGCUGCAACAUCAACAACUGCUGCAACAGCAGCAGCAGCAGCAGCAGCAACAGCAACAGCAACAGGCCACAACGUUUCCGUUAGGAGCUUUACCCGAACCUCCGAUGCCUGUUCUGUAUUUGGAUAGGAAUAUGCCUUCAGAGAUCAAGCAGUUGCUGCAGUAUCAGGCGCAGAUACCGUAUGACGUCACAGCAAAUCGCAUUCAGUACACCCCGAAGAACGUUUUUAUCCCCAAGCCGUUGGCCGAUGACGUCAAGGAAUCCUAUCAUUACCGUAGCAAGGUUUACUAUCCGAACGACGAUAAUGUCGACACGGAAUACCGGCAGUCUAAGCCGGUUGACGAGGAACAGCGCCAUUGACCGAGAAAUGGCCUAUGUAAUACGAUUUAUAUAAUUUAACAUUCUCGGUAACCCUUCGAAGGAAAGAAUGGUUGGCUUCAAGACGCUCGAAUAGAAUUUCGUUUUUUUUUUUAUAUAGAAAUAGUUUCUUGAUACCAUCAGCUUUGUUAAGAUGAGUGUCUUACACGUUUUAAAUUAUUAUAUUGUUUGUUGACGACAUACGUUGUUUAACGACAUACGUUUUGUACUACCGUGUAUUUAACAGCAAGCCACUGCAAUUUUCUUCUUUGACGACCAAAAACGAUAAAUGUUCGACAUUCGACAAUUAGAAUUAGAUGUAUUAAUUAGAAAAAAAAAAUAGUUGUGCAAGCUACAAUUAGCAUAGAACAGUUUGUUGAAAAUAAGAUUUAGCUUAUAAAAAAUUAAUUGACUUGAAAGUUAAUAAAAAAAAGGAAUGCUUAAAAUUGAUUGAACAUGAGAUUUGUUCCUAUAAAAAAAUUAAUAAAAAAGAAUAUUUAAACUUAGAUUUCACGAAAAUUUAUUAUAAGAGGCAGUCAAAUAAAAACAAGACAGACUGUAUAACAAGCAUUAUUCUAUUUGUCUCGUUUUUAUUUGACUGCCCUUUCUAUAAUAUAUGCAAUAUAAUUAAUGAUGUGUAAUAACUGAAAAUUCAUUAAGACAGAAAUAACAAAGUAGCUCUGUCAGAUUUCCUUUUGAUUAAUUUUCUGUUCACUUUUCAUUUCACCUAAUUAUAAAAGUAUAUUGAGUUUUACGUAUGAGUGUAAGACAGAGAAUGUUCGACUAUAUACACACGGUAGCGCAAAGAAUGUAAUUUUUGUAUGAAAUAAAUCGUUUCCGCUUCUGGCA